AUGAUUUUUAAAACGCUGCAUCUAGCCUACAAGGGGAAGAAUCUUCCGAUAGGGAGGACAGUUUUCAGGAAGGUUCUGACAAAAGGAAAGAGCCAGAGGUCGCCAGAGAUACUUCUGCCGCCAUAUAUCGCAAUCAGUGAACUGCGCUUGAUGCUGAACACGGACUAUAUAUCGUGCUUUAGACUGUCGAACGUGUCAGUUGCAAGAAAUAAGUACGUUUGGAAGGAUUCUUGCGGAAGAAUAUUUGAAAAUGUAAAUAAGAGAAAUGUAAUAAUACCGUAUGAAAACGCAGCCUACGUGAGUAAAUACUACGGAUUUAAGCCAAUAAAAAUAAAUCCGGAGCCGAACACAGAAGAAGUGCCCAGAAGCAAAGACGCAAUCCCAGUAGUGUCAGUGAUAGGACAUAACGACCACGGAAAGACGACAUUAAUAGAAAAAUUGGCAGGUCAAAGUGUUUUGGAAGGAGAAAAGGCAGUGAAGACCCAGCACCUGGUGGCAAUAACAGUUAAGGGCGAUGAUGAGUUUUUAGCAACGUUCAUAGACACACCAGGAGACCUUAUAUUCGACGUAAUCAGAGGAAGAGCAAUACACCUGGCAGACCUGGCACUGGUGGUAGUGUCGUCAGAAGGAGCGGAGCUGAGGACGAGAGACGUAAUACUGCAAGCAGACAAGUUCAACGUGCCAGUGAUAUUCUGCAUAAACAAGAUAGAUUUGGACUACAGCAACGUGGAACUGGUAAAGUCGGAGUUGAUGUGGCAAUGCAGUCAGAUGUAUGAAUCGGGACUAAUAAGCAGAGACUUCAGAAGUGAAAUAGAAGGAUUGGUGCCAGUAAGCGCACGGAAAGGAACGAACAUAGAUGAGUUGAAGAAUAAAAUAAGAACUUCAGUGGGAGAAAAACUGCCAAUAAACGAAGUAAAAAUGGAACACCUGGGAGGAGAGGACAUAAGAAGGUACGAAAAGUACAUCAGAAGAGCAAACAGCCUGGUGUCCUCAGGGUUCCCGCCGAAAGGAGUGGGAUUCAUACUGGAAAUGGCGAAAUCGCACACACACGGAAUAGUACUGACAGUGGUAGUGAGGAGCGGAGUGAUAGUGGAAGGAAAUUACUUUGUAGCAGGAACAGCAUACGGAAGAAUAACAGGAAUAUACGAAACUAGUGAGAGAAUAAAAGUAAACGAGAAGAUGGGAAGCGUAAAGGUGGGAAGGUCAGUAUGCAUAACAGGGCUGAGGAGCCUGGAGGGCACGAGCGUCGACGACCUAAUGCUAAUAUUGCCACAGCACGAAGCGUUCAGACUAAGCCAGUACAGAAAACAAGUGCAGCUCUUAAAGUCGUCGCAAACGAAGGGAGUGGAGUUGAAGACACCAUGGGCAGUAUCACUUCAAGAAAAAGAGUCAAUAUACACAACAGAAGAAGGGGGACAUCAGAUGCAACUAGUGGAGUCAAAGUUGGAAGGUAAGAGUAUGGAUGAGGAAGAUGGAAACAUUGGUGUUGAUGCCACAGAAGUAAAAGAAGGCGUGGACAGUGAACAGAGUGUAGAUCAGAUGGAAGAGCACAUGACCUCAAUAUACCUGAAGCCGUUGGAAGACGGAGACGAGUGGUCAACCAGAUCAAGAGAACAUAACGAGAAGUUGAAUGAAAGGUGGAAAGAAAAGUAUAAAAUGGAAGUUAAAAUGGAAAAUGAAGCAAGUAUUGGAAGUAAUAGUAGUAAAAGAACAGAGGAAAUAUGUGAAAAGAUAGCGAGUGAAAGUAUAGGAAGGCCAGUAGUGCCGGUGAUAAUGAGAGCAAAUUACCUAGGAACAUUCGACUCAAUACUCGACGGAUUCGAGUUGCUGGAAAGAGAAUACGAAGUGAGAAUAUCACUGGUGCACGGAGGAAUAGGACCAAUCGUGCCUAACGACAUAGUGCAGGCGGAGAUAGGAAACAAGUUCGCCUUCUGCCCAGUGUACGCGUUCCAAGUGCCAGUACACCACGACGCAGCGAAGCACGCAAUAAUAAACAGGGUGGUGGUGAAGAGUUUCAACCUGUACUCAGACCUGCUUGAGGACGUGAAGAGCAGAUGCAUAAAAACACUGCAAAGGGCGUCGAGCAGGAGCGUUAGACAGUGA